AUGCAAAAGCUUUACAUUUUUUUCCUAAAAUGUUAUUUUGUCAACAUUUUAUAAUUUUCUUUUUAAAAAUGUGUAUUAUUUAUAAUAACAGGCAAGUUACUAUAUCAGUUGUUAUUUAGUUUUACAGGUUUCUAAUAGCUAUAUCUUUUAAGAAUUCAGAUUAAUGGUAUAUGUGAUAUUACAUGAUCUUUAUGACAUUUCCAAUGUAAGCACUAAGUUCUUAUUCUCCAAAUGAACAUAACUGUCACAUACAAGUAGCCUAUUAAGGAUGUCAAUAUCAAUUUUGUAAACCAAUAAGUAUAAAAUGUAAAACCUUUUUAUGUGGGCUAUGUUUUCCUUUUCCUUUCUUAAGAAGAUAUUAAGCCAAAGAGUUACAUCCUAUAUUACAUCACAUCCUGCAGAAAAGCGGUAAAACAACCGGUUGGAUAUAUUCCGGGGGCUUGGCAUUUAAUUUCCUGGCAAAAACGAUUGAGAAAUCCCCCGCACGAGAAGGAGGAGCAUCCUUCAUCUUUAUAUGGUCAUUCUCGACCUCUUCCGGUGUACCCAACACAUUUUCCCAUUUAUUAUGAUGCGUUCGUGUGCCACAGAAAAUAUUAGGCAAGACAACGCACUGAACGCAGCUGUGCGAUGCUUAUGGAAAAUGUACUUAUAUGGCACUCAAAAGUUAGCCUACAUUAGCUAGUUGCAGAAAACAGUCAAUCAAAUAGAUUAAGGGGAGAUUUGUCAAAAUAUGGAUUAUUGAAACAUCAACAUCAGUGACAUACAAUAUGUUCAUAUUUUCAGUUCGCUGUUUUUUCUUCGUAUUGCCACCUAAACAUCCGGUUUCUGUCACUGAGUCUAUACAAAAAGCUUGAUACAGACUUGAACCGUGAAACUAACAUGCGACACGUGAAUGCAGCACCCUCCCUGCAGCACCUUCUUGCAAUGGGUCAGUUUAAAAUAAAGUGAAACUGAAACAGAAUCAGGAUCACCAUGUUGCAUCAUCAGCCGUCUGGUGCCAAACCUCAUGCGCUUUAAAGCAUCGGUGCGCUUCACUCCGGGACACAUUUACAGAAGCAACAAGUCAUCAAGCAUCAUUAACAAAUCAAGCAGGUUUACAGGUUUAGCAUCCUCCUUCAUUCAGAGUCCUUAAAACUACUCCAAGCUGCUGCUGCGCGCUAGUUUUCUCAACAGCUUCAGGGUUUGAAUGCUCGGAGGAUCAUGGCUCGGUGAAUCCUGCAAACCGAGGAAAAGACAUGUCCCCGUUAUUCAUGGAGACCGGGUACGAUCUGUCCAGCCCCGGCUCGGUGUCAGCUGGAGAGAGCAACACCCCUGGAUCUGAGAGAGAAGGAGUGAGAGGAAAAAGAGGGAGAAAAACAGAAAACAACAGAGACUCUGCGAGGAAGAGCCGGAGAAAACAAACGGAGAGAGCGGACGAACUUCAUGAGGAGCAUCAGAGUCUGGAGAGAUCAAACUCAGCCCUGAAAAAGGACAUUGCCGCAUUGAAGAAAGACCUCAACCUCUAUACAACGGCUCUGGAGUGCCACAAGCCUUGCUUCCUCAAAGACUCCUUAUCCGGCUCCUCGACUCACCUCUCAGUUCCCCCCUCAGCCGCCUGUGAAAGCAAACAACUCUCCUCUUCAACUCCUCGUCCCAAAACCUCAACAUUAGCCUCACCUAGUGGCUCGGCUACUGAACUCUUCAGCUCUGUAUCGGCUCCUUACGCUGCCUCUUUCUCUGCAGUCCCUGCUCCUCACUCUUUGUUUUACGAGGUUCCUCCUCCUAUAAUCGCAUCAAGGCUGCCAAAAAAUGCUCCUCCUGUGUGCACCAGCCUUGUUUUCAACCCCUCUAGCUCCCUCUCUGCACCCACUCAAACUAAAUUUGAGCAAGCAAACAUCCAUAAAAGCUUAGCAAAUGCUAGUUUCUCAAUGAAUGCAUUUCUAAUGAAACAAGCUACUUUUCUAACCCCUUCAUCUAAUGUAAACUCCCAUUUAGUGGCAGGAAAAGCAGUGCAAGGCAGUCCCAUGAAUGUGCGCCAGCUUCAUACAGAACAAUUGAGCAGAAAUUCCACUCUGCCGUGUUCUCUUUUACCGCAUAUUCUUCAAGAACCUGCUCUUAAGUCCCUCUCAGAGCCGCCCCCUGCCUCAGCUUUUGCCUUAAAGCCGAGAAAUAGUCGACAACUGACCCUCAAUCCUGCGUCUCUGCUUUCCCGGCUCACCGUCCCGAGCCCCCUCUACGUGCCUCCGACUACCUCCAGCAGCUUUGAAAUACCUCCGCCCCCACCCUCGCUGCCACCACUGGGGGAUCCCCCGAGAGAUUUCUCUCUCUCUGAGCUCCUGGAGGGCAAUGAGUGGAUUCUAAGCGGGACUAGUCAUCAGUGCCAAGGCAUGCCACAAUGUGAAAACAUGCUCUUUUAAUUUAUAUGUUUUUAGUAAUGUAUUUAAACACUGCGAACACCUGCAGUUUGUGUAAUGUAGACUCUCUGUUAUAAAAGUGGAGCAGAGAUAACCGUAAUUAUGUUAUUGUAGCAUUAUCAGGGGGUUUUUCACACCAAAAAAUAUGAAUUUGUGAAAUUCUGCCUUUUUUUAUGAUCCAGCUGAGUUUUCAGAGAAUGGAUUCGUUUUUUACUCCUCUGCUUCAGUUUCCUAAAACUCUACAUAAGCAACAACUCAAUGAAUGUGCCCCUUUUCCAUAGUUUUACAAGCCCCUUGAGACGAAACCAUGCAAUAACAUCAAGUAUAGUUUUUCAGUUUCUAAUUAAGUCAGGUAGGUGAGUGUUUUAUCCCUUCCUUAAUCAAGAGACAAGACACAGCCAAAAUGAUUCAACAUUCAAACCCUGACUUUUUAUUGCUAAUUGGGCGGUGUACUCACUUCCCUGCAAAUUCUAGGAAAAUCUGUGACAGGAGCUGAAUGUGUGGACAUCGAUGUUCCAAAGUAAACUACACAGCCCUGCCCUGGCGAGUAUGGUAGUUUCAUAACGGCAGGAAACGUUCUUCUAAUUUGUUUUCAACUAUUCUAAAAUACACAUCAUACACUUUUCACACAUUUCUACUGAUCAUUUACUCAAUUAGCUGAGCCUUUUUAAAGCUAUCACUAUUUAUUUUUCUACAUUUUAGAUGAUAAAAAUCUCUUCUUCAUUUUAGAAUAAUAUAAAUGCAUUAUUUGUACUUCCUGGCUGUAAGUGUGCUACUUUAUGACUAAUUUUUAAUUUGUCUCUUUUAUCUACUUUGUGAUUACCAGACAAAUAGGCCACUGCCCAGGGCCCCAAACCCUCAGGGGCCCCAGAUUGUGUGUGUCUGCAGCCUGUCGAUGUGUGGUGAUUUGAUUAAUUUCUAAUAGUUAACGGUUUGGUUAUCUAUAUUAUUUAUUUGAUUUAUCUACAAGUAUCUAAAUGAAUAUGUGCAUUACUAAAUAACCUCAGACAGUCUUAAAGGGCCAGCAGCUCUUUUUUUGCCGGGGCUCCCUAUUGGUGAAACAUGGGAAUGAUUACAUAGGCAAUUUAUAUGAUGACAGUUAGGAAAUAUAUAGACAUAUGAAUCAUGAUUGUAUGAAAAUGACGAUUUUGUUUUUCAAAUGAUGAUUUAUGUGGCAGAAUAUUCAGCUUUAUAUCUGUAGGUAUAAGGGAUAUAGAUGCAUGUGCACGCUCCACAUAGAAGUGUAUGUGUGAAUUAUGACUUUUUUGUAUUUACCGUGCAAAAUAUGUGUAAUGUGUAUUUGUAAAGCGCUUUGAGCAUCUGGAAAAGCGCUUUAAUAAAUGUAAGGAAUUAUUAUUAGAGCAAUAUAUUUAUCCUUCAAUACUGGUUGUAAUACAAAAGUUAGUUGCGAAUAAAACAUCUUUAUUGAAAAAUG